UUUCCUCUGUGCGCCACGCGUGGAUCACACUUGCUUUCUUUCACAAACGGAAUUUAAGAUCGUUGCUGUGGAAAUUGCGCAUUAAUAAUUUGCUCAUUUACCGGUGAAGUUGUGUGAGAGGAUUUCUCCAGGAAUCUCCUGCAAACUGACAUGACUUGGAUGUGGCUCCGUGACGCUGCGCGCGUACUGCAGCACUCCGUUUGGCUUUAACUUGCACGACGGACAAAACGGAUCUGCUCUUAUUCUGGAUUUCUAUGACAUUUGUCCCGGUCCGAUUCCUCGGCAGAUCCGGGUCCGGGAGAGCGCAGGGCAGGUGCGCGGCUGCGCGGAGCGAUCCGGCUCGUGGAUCAGGACGGUACCUGUCUGUGGAGAGCGGCGCGUCAUGCGGACUGGGAUGUCGCGCGCUAGAAGCCAUUAAAACCUGUAGGCUGGAGCUGACCGAUAAUCCGAUAUGGGCCCUGCUCUGCAGCAUCGCUGGCUAGUGGUGCAACUCCUGAUGCAGGUGUGGCUGGCGGCAAAUCCAUCUCUGAGUGACCGGCCAUGCCCUAAAAGUUGUCGGUGUGAUGGAAAAAUUGUCUACUGUGAGUCAAGCGCCUUUCGUGACAUCCCCAAGAACCUCUCAGGAGGCUGUGAGGGCUUAUCUUUACGAUACAACAGCCUCGCUAGUCUGCGAGUAGGCCAGUUUGUCGGCCUCAACCACCUCAUAUGGCUGUAUUUGGACCACAAUUACAUAGCCUCUGUUGAUGGAAUGGCUUUCCAGGGUGUUCGCAGGCUCAAAGAGCUGAUCCUGAGCUCAAACAAGAUAACAUCCCUGCACAACACCACAUUCCACCCUGUCCCGAACUUGCGCAAUUUGGACUUGUCAUAUAAUAAACUGCAAGUCUUGCAGCCUGGACAGUUCCAGGGUCUUCGCAAGCUCCUUAGCCUUCACAUACGCUCAAACUCUCUGAAAACUGUCCCAAUGCGUCUUUUUCAAGAUUGUAGAAAUCUGGAGUUCCUUGAUCUGGGUUACAACCGCCUGCGUAGUAUUACCCGGAAUGCUUUUUCAGGGCUUGUUAAGCUCACCGAGCUGCAUCUGGAGCAUAACCAGUUUUCAAAGAUCAAUUUCUCUCACUUCCCCCGCCUUUACAAUCUGCGAGCGCUAUACCUGCAGUGGAAUCGCAUUCGAUCAAUGAGCCAGGGUCUGACUUGGACAUGGGCCUCGAUUCAAAAACUGGAUGUGUCCGGGAAUGAUCUGACAGAAGUGGAUCCUGUAGUUUACCAAUGCCUACCCAACUUGCAGACCCUUAACCUGGAUUCCAACAAGCUCACCAAUAUCUCCCAGGAGGUGGUUGACGCCUGGAUCUCACUGACUACGAUCAGCUUGGCUGGGAAUGUAUGGGACUGCGGCCCUGCCAUCUGUCCUCUGGUGGGCUGGCUGAGAAAUUUCAGAGGGGCAAAGGAAACCACCAUGAUCUGUGCUUCACCGAAGAAAGCUCAGGGUGAGAAAGUGAUGGAUGCUAUUGAGGCAUUUGGCGUUUGUCAGUCAAACUCAGUGACAAUGCUUACGAUGAGUGUUCCAUUGACGCCAUCUGGUCCAGUCCAAACUGAGAAUCGCCCAGCCAUUCUUGCCUCACCUACUGGUUCUGGAAAGAAAGGAGAUGGGUCUGUUAGAUUUCCCACAUUGCCAGCUAUCACCCCUCCAGUAGCCCCACCCCCAGAGCAAGAUUUGGAACCUGUGUCCUUCCAUAAGAUUGUGGCAGGAAGUGUUGCCCUUUUUCUCUCCAUUGCAAUGAUCCUCUUGGUAAUCUACGUGUCUUGGAAGCGCUACCCCAGCAGCAUGAAGCAGCUACAAGAGCAUUCAGCAGCAGCCCGUAAGCGCCGCAAGAAAACUAGAGAGACGGAGCGCACCCUGAGUUCUCCCCUCCAGGAGUACUAUGUGGACUACAAACCCACUAAUUCUGAGGCCAUGGAUGUGCUUGUCAAUGGGACUGGACCCUGCACCUAUACCAUCUCAGGCUCACGAGAAUGUGAGGUCCCUCACCAAAUGGGCGCCCUGACGUUCUACCGCUAUGAGCAGCCAAUUGUCGACUACUGCCAGGCUCAUCAACCGCUGAGGCUCAACAUGGGUUAUGAGGGCCCACCACAGGUUCUGGAGGGCCUGGAAGACCUGGGUCCAUGUGAUAGGGGCACAAUACAGACAGUGGCACUACCUGCUGUGCCCUCUGCUGCCAACAUAAGUGCCCCUGUUCCAGGGCCUCGCUCACCUCCACCGCCUUUAAGACCACCCACUGAAGGCCCCAGUGGCGCUCCUUUUCCACCUGCCGAGCGCAGCGGCACACUCACAUUCAGACGCUAGCCAGCCGAGCUGCAAAUGGCUGUUAGGAGUGGUGGCAAAGGCCUUGAAUGACUCUGAAAUGAAGGAGCAGGAGAGCUGGUUACUUAGUGAGGCUUUGUUUUCAGACCGUGUGAUGACCAUGUGAGGACAAAAAAUGUUUUAAUCAUGCCUAGGGAAAUUUGUCAUCUGUGCAUCACAACAUCACCAACUUACAUAAGAGGUUUACACAACUUUAUUGAUUAUUUUGAUGAAGUUUUCUAAAAUAUCUCAUAAGAAAUCCACUUACCAGUGGCUGAGAUGGUUAUGGGCGCAUUUGGUUUUUAACAUCUACAGUGAGAACAUCAGGUGGCCCUAGUGCGCAGCACGGCUCACCCUGAGUCAGGAGUCAGCGGGAAAGUGCAAUAAAAAGAUUCUUGAAAACGAAAAGCAAUUGGGCCAGAUAUCAUGUAAAGACCUGGUGGUGUCUUAUUAAAACUGCCAUUCUGUUACUUUUACACAAUAAUCAUUAUUUUGUAACAACCCCCACAAUACUACCACCACCAGCAGAAAAUCACUUUCUUUAUCUUACAUGUCCUAUGCUCAAUUCCAUUACCAUGCAUGUCAAACCAAAGAGUUUAGUAUUUUCCUUUAAGGCACAUAGGCUAUUACAUGGGAGGGCAUGGUUAAGAAAUAAAAAAAAUCAGGCUAUUUGUCCACUUCAGAUCCUCUGCCUCAUAUCAAUCACAGUUCAACCACAUCAAGGUUUGGGGAAAACUCUCAUGAAAUGCUAAGAUGCGUUCGUCUUAAUGUUGUCCUACCUGGUCAUCCAAACCACGACUGGUAACCAGUAACCUCAUAAACAGAUGUUACGGCACGCGCUGUACAUUUCGUAAAGAUACCAGAGCCUGUACUUUCACAGCAGAAUGGCAGGUCUAUAUCCCAGCUUGAAUAAUUUACUAUGCUUUAAAAUAAGUAAUCCUGGGGAAUUUGUGUGGUUUAAAAAAAAGUACAUCUGAUUGCAAAGUCUUGUACAUAUUCUUA